ACACAAACCACAAGGAAUUUACAUGAUCGAGUUAGCAGUUGAAUCGCCGGCUGACAAAGCGACGUCGAUCGCUCGCAGUCUGUUGCUCGUCGACGACGACUCGACGGUCGAGAAAUCGUCAACAUGCUCGUUGUCUGUUUCUAUGGCGACCAAACGUGUGGCAUUCGGGGACGCAACACUUUGGUGGCAAACGGAUAAUUCGUUGGAUACGUUGACCAUCGAUUGGUCAAACUGUUUCUAUAAUUCGUUCAUUAAGCGUCAGCCAUCGUUGCUGUAUCCGGUUAGAACCUCGUCCGGUGGAUUGAAUAUUGCACACUCACCUCUCUCGUUCGACGGCAUCAAGACGGUUAACGACUCAGGAGUCGUAGCAUUCUAUGUUACAUUGUGGAAUACGAGUGACAGUCAGUCAGAUACGAUGCUUUCCAACGUCACACUCGGACGGUUCAACGACGGCUACUCGUUCGUGUACGAACCUCAUGCGUCUGGCGAGAUGCUCAGAGCUGACGUCGUCGCUACUGACGUAUUCGGUCAUAAAGGUGGCGACUCGGUUUUCGUCAUCACCGACUUCACUCGUCCACGGAUCACGAACUACGACGUAUGGGAUCGACGUCAACCGUCGAUUAAGAACCCGUCGGUGUGUAAAUUGGCUGGGGGAAGCACGACGAGGCAUUACUCUCUCGAGUUUAACGUAUCGGACGCUGAAAGCGGGAUCGAUCACGUGGUAUGGCAUGUCGGCAGUCGAGCGGGAGGGACAGACGUGGGAUCGGGCAACGUAAAACCCGAAAACAUUCUUCGAGAAAAAUGCAACCUUCCAUCAUGUUCAUGCAGCAUUGACGGUUUCUGUUCACUUCGUGACAUGAAAGUCGAGCUUAAGAGCCUAAUUUCUCAAUCUUAUUACGUCACGUUGAUAGCGACAAGCAGAUCGGGUCUUACUGUGACGUCGACAAGACAGACAAAUAUACAGACAGAAGAUGUGACUAUUGAUCGUGUUUUUGUGAACUCCGACUCGUCGUCUUCUAUUCGAGUUGGUUGGUCUGCGGUCUUGCAAUCAGUUGCCUACACGGUGACCGUGUGUUCGAAAGACAGACGAGGUGAUUGUGGAGCUUGUGUGGACACGAAGAGUGUUUCUAAUGCGACCGAAGUGACGGGGUUGUCUCCAUAUACUCAAUAUGUUGUUCAAGUUGAAGCGGAUGUGGGCGGUGGCUCAUCCAGUCUUAGUGGAAAGGAAACGAUUCGGACGCUACCAGCAGGUUGCUUGUUUGUCGUGUGUUGUUUAGUUUAUAGUUUGUCUGCCUGUCAGUUGGUGUAGCUGUUAACUUGAGGUGUGCAUGCUGUACAGGGACUAUUCUGUUCACGUGGACUAUUCUGUUCAUAUUUGCUCCU